AUGGGGGACGAGUGUGGAUAUGACGCGGCAAGAUCAUCUGCAUUGACUUUGCGGAUCUGGACCGCCGGACAGAUGGAAUGCGGGGCCAGACAGCUGGACCGGCGGACGGACGGCUGGACUGCUGGAAUGCUGGACCGCCGGAAAAUGUGGAUUCCCCGUUAUCCUCGCUUUUGCGCUGCUGGCGCACGUCGAGUUCUCGAAGCGGAGUCUCAGACGUCUACGUUUGAUUCAUCGGGACUGGCGGCUCAAACCUUGUCUACUGUAUGGUGGCGUAUUCUUGCACUUGGUCAAUACAAAAUCGCUGGUUCUCUGGAUAUCGAGCGCGAGCGUAAGGCUCUUCAUAUGUGCUACGUGGGGGUACAAGGACCCUUGGAGGAGUACCAUCCUCACUUCUCGGAAGCCGACAUACUGUUCUUACUGCGUCUCCUUUACCGCGUCAUUGCCGUCGCCGUGCUGUCAACUGUCCUAGAUGCUCUAUUUGGGCUUUUCUCGGCCCCCAGCAAGGUCGUCGGUGACGGCACCCUUAGCCAACAUCUUCUCGACAUCGCCCUCCCUAUCGAUAGCGACCCCCUCGAGAUGUGUCCUACCAUCGUUCCCAUCUGCGACCGUGGACUUUCUGGCGACGAAUGCGAGGCUCAACGUGGAUCCGAGAUCAAGUCAGCUGUAACCGUCUUCGUGGACGAGGUAUCCCUGCAUGACGCGUUCGUAACGUCUCUCGAUACCGAACGCCUCGAAGACAUCAUCCCCAACCUCGCCGCCUCGGACGAUGAAGCACUUGCCCGCGUCCUUUCGACUUGCUGCUCGGCGACAACAUCGGCGAGCUCCAUAACAUCGCCGCCGUCGCCUUUCUCCAUCACUCAGCCUACGCUGUCCAUCCCGGAGACGAGGAACCAAAAGCUGAACAGGAAACGGAAGGAGCAGCGGAGUGAGAAGGCAGCUGCUCUACGAGCCCAGCUCUCUCCCGAUUGUCUCCUUCCCGGCACCCAGCUUCCUGCAAAGUUUUAUGGUACCUCGAGGAACGCAGUCCAGAAGCGAAAGAAGAAGGAGAAGAAAUUGGAUGCUAUGCUGGCGUCCUUUGACAAGAUGGUGCAUCUUGGGACACCAAGCGUCUCCGCACUGUCCCUCGCGGGAUGCAAUGUUCCCCAUCCCUUGGAACAUCGAGUCGUCGAUGCUCAAGAUCGACUCUUGAUUUCCUUGGACGUUGGCGACUUCACCGCAGGAAGUGCGUCUGCCUUGACUGAGAAGUGGGCGCGAGGGCGGCUCGAAACGGAGGCCUCUUCGAACCACGUCACCCAGUGCAUCAGAAUCGAAGCACCUGUCGAAGACGCUUCCGAGCUGAUUCCCGCUACGAACCUUAUCCUUGCGGACAAUGCUAUCUCCGAGCCUUCCCGCUCGUCUAUGGACACGCGCACGAAGGCUCAGAAACGUGCUGCUACUAAGAAGCGCAAGAGGGACGCCGCCGCUGCCGUGGAGCCGACGCUCACGCCACUCACUGUUGGGGACCGACGAUAUCCCUAA